AUGGCUGACGACGCGGGCGACAAGUUCGUUCACGAGGUGGCGAUAGAGCUCUCGCGCAUGAUGAAUCUCGUCAACCCCAACGAUACCCUGGCUCAACGAGUUGUCGACAUUGCGCGCGGCAAUCGAUCCGGUGCCGCGUUUGUCCACGCCAUGUCUACGUUUGGAAAGUUCGCCGAGGAUCCUCUCCUGUCUCUCCAUCAGCGGAUUCUGGCGCAUCUGGCGCUGGUCGCAUCGCGCGCCAACCUUCCCGGCGCUAAGCCCAACAUGGAGGGGAUGGACCACGAAUCGUCCGAUGUGCUGGAGGCCGAAGCGCCGCGGCGUGGUGGGCUGCGACAGGGGGCCGGGCCGAAAUUCACACCUGUCGCGCGCGAGUCAAAGCUCGGUCUGGACAAGCUUGCGGCGCAGAAGCGCGCUGAAGCUGGGGAGCCGCCCAGCAAGCGUAUGAAGGUUGAGGCUGGACGGGAGGAAGAGAACGGGGGCGUGUUCAAGGUUCCUGCAAUCCCAAUCAAGCGUGAAGCGCGGCGUGUGAAGCCGGAGGAGACACCAAGCCACGGCGGUGGCAUCUCCGAUUCUGCCAAGGCGCGGCUGGAGGAGUACCGUCGGAAUCGGAACAAGCCAAGCACAGCGGUAUCCGCGAGCAAUGAGCGAAGGGAACGGGGUGGUAUCGGAGACUUCCAGGGACGAGCGAAUCGUGGGUCCUAUUACGACGAGCGCGAUCGCGACAGGAGGGAUCGGACAGACGACCGUGACCGGUGGCGCGACGGCCGCGACCGCGACCGCUACGACCAGCGGAGAGUUGAUGGGCGGGACCGUGACCGCGGUGGCAAGAGCUGGGACGCCGCGCCGACACCCCGCACGACUCGUCCCGAUCGCGACGGUGACGGGAGCUUGCGCGUUCCAAACCGUGGGUGGGAUGAGACACCUGGCCGCCCUGGUUUCCGUGGCAAGCGCAGCUGGGACGAGACCCCCGGGCGGAAGAGCCGACCCGACAGCCCCGAGUUUGAGGUCGAUGCGAAAGAGUGGGAGGAGGAGCAAGUCCGGAUCGAUCGCGACUGGUACUCGUACGAUGACGAGGGUGCAGUUGCGGGAGAUGACGAGCACAACCCCUUCGCGCAGUGGACUGCGUUGGAGACGGCGAAGGAGGCUGAGAUGCAGCAGAAGGUUGCGAAGCGCCAAACAGCGCGGCAAGCGCAGUACAAUGCCGAUAACGACAAGUGGGAGAACAACCGCAUGCUCACGUCGGGCGUGAUUCAGGCUGGUGACGUCGAUCAAGAUUUUGAAGAGGAUGCAGACAGCAAGGUCCAUGUGCUCGCGCACGACAUCAAACCGCCCUUCCUCGAUGGCAGCAGCAUCUACACGCGCCAGCUAGAGCCGGUAAGCGCCGUGCGCGACCCAACGUCCGACAUGGCGGUGUUUUCUCGGAAGGGGAGCGCGCUGGUGCGCGAGCGCCGCGAACGGCAAGAGCGUGAAAAGGCCGCCGCCAAGGCUGCCAGCAUGGCGGGUACAACCCUGGGCAACCUCAUGGGUGUGAAGGACGAACCCGAACUGGGCGCAGAAGGGCAGAAGGAUGCCGUGGACGAGAACGCCAGCUACAAGGCCGGCUCUCAAUUCGCCACUCAUUUGAAGAAGCAGGAGGGCGCGAGCGACUUUGCGCGCAACCGCACACUGAAGGAGCAGCGCGAGUACCUGCCUGCCUUUGCGGUGCGCGAGGAGCUUAUGCGUACACUGCGCGACAACCAGGCAGUGACGAUUGUCAUCGGAGAGACCGGUUCGGGCAAGACGACGCAGCUCGCUCAGUUCCUGUAUGAGGAGGGAUACUGCCAGAACGGUAUGAUCUGCUGCACACAGCCGCGCCGUGUGGCAGCCAUGAGUGUGGCUAAGCGUGUAUCUGAGGAGAUGGAGUGCGAGCUUGGCGGCCUGGUCGGCUACUCGAUCCGUUUUGAAGACGUCACCUCGAAAGCGACGCGCAUCAAGUAUAUGACCGACGGUAUCUUGCUGCGCGAGUCCCUCACAGAUCAAGACCUGGACGGGUACAGCGUCAUCAUUCUCGACGAGGCGCACGAACGGUCGCUGAGUACCGACAUCAUUAUGGGUUUGUUGCGGAAAAUCAUUAUGCGCCGCCGCGACCUGAAACUGAUCGUGACGUCGGCUACCAUGAACGCUCAGAAGUUCUCCGACUUCUUCGGUAAUGCCGCUCAGUUCACAAUUCCUGGCCGCACUUUCCCCGUUGAGAUUUUCCACUCCAAGUCACCCUGCGAGGACUAUGUCGACAGCGCGGUCAAGCAGGUGCUGCAGAUCCACUUGACGAGUCCCAAGGGUGACAUCUUGGUGUUUAUGACGGGUCAAGAGGAUAUCGAAGCGACGUGCUCUGUGAUCGAGGAGCGGCUCGAGCAAUUGGACGACCCGGCGCCGCUCGCUGUGCUCCCCAUUUACUCACAGAUGCCCGCCGACUUGCAAGCCAAAAUCUUCCAGCCGACGCCGGACGGGCGGCGCAAGGUUGUCGUGGCAACCAACAUCGCUGAAACGUCGCUUACGGUCGACGGCAUUCUGUACGUCGUGGAUGGCGGGUACGCCAAGGUCAAAGUGUAUAAUCCCAAAGUGGGAAUGGACGCUCUACAGAUCACGCCGAUCUCGCAAGCCAAUGCGGGCCAGCGCACAGGUCGUGCGGGUCGUACGGGUCCUGGCUACUGCUAUCGUCUGUAUACCGAGACGGCAUACUUGAACGAGCUGCUGCCCAACAACAUCCCAGAAAUCCAGCGCACAAACCUGGCCAAUACUGUGCUUCUUCUGAAAACGCUAGGAGUGAAGAACCUGCUCGAAUUUGACUUCAUGGAUCCCCCACCGCAGGACAACAUUAUCCAGUCCAUGUGGCAAUUGUGGUACAUGGGCGCGCUCGACAACCUGGGCGACCUAACUCCCGAGGGCAAGGCCAUGUCGAAUUUCCCGAUGGACCCGGCGUUGGGCAAGAUGCUCAUUGUGGCCGAGAAGAACGGGUGCAGUGCCGAGGUGCUCACGAUCGUGUCUAUGCUGUCCGUGCCGAGCGUCUUCUACCGUCCCCCUCAGAGGGCCGAGGAGAGUGACGCGGCGCGCGAAAAGUUCUUUGUCCCCGAAUCCGACCAUCUGACCCUCCUGCAUGUGUACACGCAAUGGAAGAACAACGGCUUCAGCGACCACUGGUGCAUGAAGCACUUCCUGCAUCCCAAGAUUCUUCGCAAGGCGCGCGAGGUCCGCGGGCAGCUUGAGGACAUCAUGAAGACGCAGAAGAUGCAGGUCGUGUCGUGCGGGACGGACUGGGAUAUUGUGCGCAAAUGCAUUACGGCGGGAUACUUCCACCAGGCCGCACGCGUCAAGAACCUCGGCGAAUACGUCAACAUCCGGCAGGGCACGCCGUGCGUGCUGCACCCCACGUCGGCGCUAUACGGCCUCGGCUACAUGCCCGACUACGUGGUGUACCACGAACUGGUCCUCACGUCCAAGCAGUACAUGAUGUGCGUGACGUCCGUCGACCCGUACUGGCUGGCUGAGCUCGGCGGCGUCUUCUUCUCGAUCCGCGAACGCAACUUUGACGGGCUGCAGCGCGCGCGCGCGACGCACGACUUCAACAAGAAGACGGAGCUGCUCGCGCAGAUGGCUGAGCAGCGCGACGAGCUCGAGCGGAAGAAGGCGGCCGAGAUGCGUGCAGAAGCGGUCGCGCGCACGCCCAAGAUUGGCGGCGUGACGCCGCGGCACGCAGCCACGCCGCGCUCGGCGGGCAUCGGAGCCGGCGCGCGCAUCAACCGCCCAAGUGCGACGCCGCGGCGGCGCGGCGGCGGUAUUUAG